CCUCGCGUCGCGUGUCAGAGUAACUCGUGACUCACUCACUCGCUACAACACAAACACGGUAAUAAAAUAAUACCACUGUUUAUAUAUAUAAACCCACCCUCCCUCGAGUUUGAGUUCAUCGCAAAAUCAGAACCCAACUAACCAAACCAGCUAUGGCGGCGAUGCAGAGGCCACUCAAGAGAACCAUUGCAAUCGCCAAGCUACGCGCGUGCUUUUCCUCUCUCCGACCCGCCGCCGCCGCCGACAUCGUCGCGUCUCCUCCGCCGCAGCUCCCGCCGUUCGAUCACCAGCCGCACCCUUACAACGGUCCCUUCGCCGAUGAAGUCCUCGCCAAGCGCAAAACGUUCCUCGGUCCUUCCGUCUUCCACUACUAUAAGAAACCUUGUCGAUGCGUUUCCGACCAGGCAAAGAUUUACGGAUUUAGCAAGCUGAAUAUCGUGGAAGGGAAGAUGCAAUAUCUGUAUGAUGAUAGUGGGAGGCGUUACCUUGAUGCAUUUGCGGGGAUAGUUACUGUUUCUUGCGGACAUUGCCACCCUGAAAUCUUGAAUGCCAUCACGGAGCAGAGCAAACUUCUGCAGCAUGCUACAACCAUAUAUCUACAUCAUACAAUAGGUGAUUUUGCUGAGUCAUUGGCAGCAAAAAUGCCUGGAAACCUUAAGGUUGUUUAUUUUGUAAAUUCUGGUUCAGAAGCAAAUGAAUUAGCAAUGAUGAUGGCCCGUUUAUAUACUGGUAGUCUUGGUAUGAUUUCUUUGAGAAAUGCAUAUCAUGGGGGGAGUUCUAGUACACUUGGUUUGACUGCUCUGAACACGUGGAAAUACCCAAUUCCAGAGGGCCAUGUUCAUCACGUUAUGAAUCCAGAUCCAUAUCGUGGAGCCUUUGGUGCAGAUGCUGCUAGUUAUGCAAAUGAUGUCCAAGACCAUAUUGACUAUGGAACUUCUGGAAAAGUUGCUGGAUUUAUAGCUGAAACAAUGCAGGGAGUUGGAGGAGCUGUUGAACUGGCACCAGGGUAUUUGAAACUUGUUUAUGACAUUAUACAUAAGGCUGGUGGUGUCUGCAUUGCCGAUGAAGUUCAAACUGGGUUUGGUCGAACAGGAAGCCAUUAUUGGGGAUUUGAGACACAGGGUGUCAUUCCUGAUAUAGUUACCAUGGCAAAGGGUAUUGGCAAUGGUCUGCCAUUAGGAGCUGUAGUUACAACUCCAGAAAUUGCAAGUGUGUUGGCCCAAAAGAUUCAAUUUAAUACCUUUGGUGGGAACCCCGUUUGCUCUGCUGGUGGACUUGCAGUGCUUAGGGUUCUUGAUAAGGAGAAGCGUCAAGCUCACUGUGCCGAUGUUGGAUCUCAUUUGCUUGAACGAUUGAGAUUUCUCAUGGAAAGACAUGACAUCAUAGGAAAUGUAAGGGGAAGGGGCCUAAUGGUAGGCAUAGAGUUGGUCACUGACCGAGACAACAAGACACCCGCAAAGGCUGAAACUGCUGUCGUGUUUGAAAAACUCAGAGAGCUUGGUGUGCUAGUUGGGAAAGGAGGACUUCAUGGCAAUGUUUUCAGGAUCAAGCCACCAAUGUGUUUCUCCAAAGAUGAUGCAGAUUUUCUUGUGGAUGCCUUGGAUUAUUCUCUAUCAAAGUUGUGAGCUGAUUGUGCAUAGCAUGAAAUGAAAUCUUCGAUAUUGGAACCAAAUUACUACAAGCCAACAACAAAAGUUCGUUUAGUUCAUAGAAAUCACCAUGAAUAAUGUAAUGUUCUCCACGUUGCCAAGAGAGGGGUUUCCCUCCCUUAGCUGAGCAUUAUAAGUUGAAUGCAAACUAUUUUGUAUAUAAAUUUGGAUUCAUAACAUCAAAAUAAAGAGUAAUGUUUAAUUCCAAAUAGAAAGAGACUACAUUUGCA